AUGAGGGGCGCCGAUCGCGACGUCACUAUUGUCAGCCCUUAUCUUCUCCCCUCUGAGUUUCUCCACGAGAUCUUCUUCCGCCUCGCCCUCCCAAAGCUUCUCCGUGUUCGAUCCAUCUCCAAGGCACUCUCCUUUCUUGUAUCCACUCAGGACUUCCGCUACCUCUGUGAGGGACGCCCCAAUCGUAGCAGCGGAUGUCUCUUCAUUUACAAGAAGAGGCCUCUUAGGGAUUUCGUACUACGGGGAUUCAAUGACCACUUCGACCAGUGGUUCAUGAUCCUCAUCAUGAGCACGAUCGUCGCCCCCGGCGAGGAUCUCUACUUCCUCACUGCCUCCGGGGGUGUCUUCCUUUUUGGCUUCAACAACCUUCGUGAGCUCGUCGUGGUCAACCUCGUCACGCACUUCGUGCGGAGAAUCUUGCCCAGCCCCAUGGGGUCGCGCGACACCACAUCGUGGAGGAGAUCAGGGUUGAAGUUGAUCGUCGAUCCCUCUGGCAUCGAUCAAUUUUACUUCCUCUUCGCAGAGAUGGUUCAUAAUUAA